AUUCUAAACUUAACUUUCUUAUGUAGAUGUUAAUGCUGUUAAGAAAAUGUCGGUGAAUCAAGUUUGGAACUCGCGGUCAGUCUCUGCGCAUUGUCAUAUGAACAUUAUAUGCUACUGUUAUGAAGAAAUGUAGUUUCCCCUGUUAUUUCUUCAAAUUGUUGUUUUGGAUAAUGAAGUGGAACUGGCAAAAUGUAUACCGAGAAAAAUUGUUACAACGUUAUUCAGAUGUUGCUUCACAAAUACUGUUUCAAUAGAGAUAAAAGAAUGCAAUCCGUAUCUCUGAAAGCAUGUGUUUUGGGCUUCAUAUAUAAAUACGGUGAAUUAUAUUUUCUGCUUACCGGAAGCUAGGUUUAAAAUUAAAGACUAAUGCCUAUUUUUGUCCAGAAAUUAACUUUAUAAUAUAUCAUGGUGCUAGAAAUGCCUAUUUCUCACUUAUUUUAAAUUGUAUUUGACUUUUUGAAUGCAUUGUAUAAUACUAGAAAUUUGCAUAAUCUCCAGCAAAUGAGUGCUGUUUGAAAAGGCAUUAAGAAGGCAUCUGCAUUUUCAAAUGUUUUUAGUUUUGUUGACAUGAUGCUGGGAGUUCUCAGCACAUUCCUGUUUUACUUUUGGAACUCUAUUUCUCAGGAAUGUCCCAUCUAGGCUCAGGUGAUCAAUGUAAAGGGGAGAAGACACAGAGCUAUGUUAGUAGUCAAGCACCUCGUGGAUACCUUGGUAGUAAUGUUGAACUUUUUAAUUCAGCCCAUCAUGAUGGUAACUUUGGUGAAAAUGUGGCAGGGAAAGAUUUGGAAGAUGUGAAACAUCGGCGUGAUCAUGAACAAUAUAGAACUGUGAGUGGUGGAUCACGGCAUUCGGAUUAUCAAGUUCGAGAGCCCAUGAAUCCUGCAGCUGCUGCUGCAUCACACACUGCAGCUGCUGCAAAUGCUGCAGCCGUAUACUCUAGAGUAGCUAUUGUCCCACAGCAUGGUCGAGCAACAGGUCCUUCACCUCACUUUGAUUCAUAUGGGCUUUCUUCACAUAUACCUCCACCUCCUACUUCAACGGGGCAUCAUCAUUCAACACCCGUCCAUUCUUCAGUGUACCGACACGUACUGCCUCACCAUACGUUACUUCCAGGACAAUAUAAUAAUUCUGGUAAUGCUCCAGUUGGCCUUGAGGUCAUGUGGCAACCAAAGUUUAAUGCAAAUCCUUGGCUUAUGGCUCAACAGUAUGAAGAAAUGAGGUUCGAGAAAGAAAUGAGAGAGCGGACGGCAGCAUCUCACGAGAGAGAGAGAGACCAUGAAAGACUGGAACGGCAGAAAGAAGAAAGAGCAGAAAAAGAAAGACAGCGUGAAUGGCAAGAACAAGAAAGGCUUGACCGUGAAGAAAGGGAAAGAGCUCAGAGAGAAGCUGUACAGCAACACUUUGAGGAAUCACUUCGCUUGGCUUUACAAAAACAGCAGCAGCAGCAGCAACAACAGCAGCAACAACAGCAGCAAAAAACUAUGGGUUGGAAUUCUAUGUCUGCUCAUAAGAGUGCCAUUGCUAAAGGAAGAGAGAGCAGUCCAACCAUCAGCUUAUCAAGUCAGUCUACACGAGUUUCUGAUAAUGAAAGGCUUAGAGAGCAAGAGAAAGAAAGGACACAGUUGAUUGACAAUCAUGUACGUCAGGAACAUGAGAGGUGGUUAGCAAUAAUUCAGCAGCAAAGAAAGCUGGAUGAGCAGUCGUCUAAUCCUUCACAUCUUCAAGCUUAUUCAGGCAUUGAGCAAAGACCAGUUAGGAGUGCAUCAAAGCCAGAAUCUCCUCAAAUUAUGAGUCAUGGUCCUUCUACCAAACCAAACUUAACACCUAGUCCUAUAAGUUCCUCUGCUUCUCAAAUGAAGAAUGAAACUAAUUUCAGUUUAUAUGGGUAUCAACCAUUUCAGCAUACUUACAUAACUCAUGCACAGUUAAAAGCGAGAGAAGAAACUAAAUCAUCUGCAAGUAUUCAGUCUGUGAGAAUACCAAGCAGUGGCCAGUUGAAACCAGGUAUGACUGUAAAGAGUGAAAAAGAUACUUUAGCUGAAAGACCUUUAACUCCUAAUUCAAACCAUACUGGGUCUUCAAAUCAAAGUUCCAGUAAACAUCAAUUAAAAAUGAUGCUUCCUGGUCAAGAAAGAAGUGGAUUAGUAUAUCAGCCCCUUGUUGGCAGUGGUGGUGCUUUUAAACCAUAUGAAUAUACUAGCAACAGUAGUAGUCCAGCUCCUCCUGCUCACCAAAAUACAUCACCUAAUGUUGUUGGCCGAAUGGGAACAUCUCAGUAUCAGCAGCUGCAAGAUCAGCCUCAGAAUUUAGUCAAAGGAGAUGGUAAAGGCAUUCAAGAAAAAAUGAAUCCACAUUCUAAGUAUGAAUCCCGUGAUAUGAAACAUACAGUGUGUUCAGCAUCAUGCACUUUACCUGCGUGUUUUCCUCCUCAGUAUGCUGUUUCUAAAAGCACAUCUCCAGCUGCUCAUACAACGUAUUCAUAUAGCCUUAUACAACAAGGUUUGGUUCCCAAUCCUAUGUAUAUAGCAGCAACACAUGCAGGGAACAGUACAAGCAGUAGCACACCACCUGUAUCAUUUGUGCAUUCUCAGGCUUCUUCCAAAGCACCAGUACAUUCUGGAAGUCCUCCUGUAUCUCAGCAGUAUGCACAUGUUAGUCCAAAUUCAAAUAUUGCAGGUAGUUCUCCUGUGUGUCGUCCUAAUUCUGUACCAUUUACUUUGCCAACUGGACGUGUAAGUCGCAGUUAUUCUCCUGUUGGACUUGCUACUUCAAUUCCUAUGAAUGUUAAUUCUAAUAAAAUGCUUAGCUCCCAGGAAACCCAUAUACCUAAUCGAGCUCAUAUUACUGUUCAAGGAUCCAGCCACAGAUCUCCAUCACCUGCUCAUUUAUAUAAUACACAGUCAAAUCCUGGUCUUUCAAACUCUCCACAUCAGUCUUCUCCUAGAUUAGCAACAAUAACCAGUCAUCCUUCAGUUCAUUUGGCUGUGAUUAAUGCUAAUACAGCACCAUCCUCACCUUUCCAUUCCAGUUCUGUAUCAGAGAAUCCAGACAUUGCAAAUAUCCAUUCUGGUGUACCAUUGGUAAAGAGGAAAUUGCUUAAUGAUGUAGCUGUUAGAAAACGUCCAAAAUCUGUAGAUGAUGGCCUUUUGCCACCCCAGCUUCAGCCACAAGUCCAGACAACUGGUGGUUCUGAAACUUGUGAUACCCAGAUAGUCACUCCACCACAUCUUGUGUCAAAUGCUCCUAUAUUAGCUGAGCACCAUCCAAAUAAUGAUUCUUUUCCUAUAAAGUCAAAUCCACCUUCACCUAUUGUAACAUCUAAUUUAGUUUAUAAGUCAGAACCUGUUGCAACACCACCUACAAUGCCAGAUCUAAGUGUACCUGCAAUUCAGUCAGACUUAAAUUUUGAGUUAGAAUAUACUGUAGGUAUGCAAAAUUACCUUCUUGACAAAUACAAAGUGACAGCUAAAACUGUUAGUGGGUCCUCUGCAGAUGAAACUUUGGAUUGUCCUGUAUUAAGUCAUACCAAUGCUUCAGAUGGCCUGACUGUUUCAUCUGCAUGUUCUGUUGAAUCUGGAGAUGAACAUGCUAUUGCUAGCACAUCUGUGACUAUUUCUGCUGCAAAUAAUCCAAGCUCUAGUAGCAGUAAUCACACUAAGCUGAAAAAAGCCUGGUUACAGAGGCAUUCUGAAAACAAUGGUAAAGAUUUUCCUACAAAUGAAAAUAGUCCUGAUAUUAAAACUGAACUGUAUCCCAAGCCAAAUUUAGAAGAUAUUGAGACAGAUUUGCAGCAGAGUAAAUCUGAUGGCUUUGCAAUAAGUGAGUGUGUAUCUGAGGAAAAUGAUGAUGGUAAACUUAAAAUUUGUGACGAUAGUUCAAUAGAUACAUAUGAAAGUAGAACAAAUAAGUCUGAUAGAAAUUUAGAUGAGGAGUCUUCUAGUUCUGAGUCUGAGUCUGAAUCAGGAACAAAAAAUGGGAAAAGAAAAUGUAAAGCAAGUCGGAAGCAUCAGGCAAAUUCUCCAGGCUCUGUUGGCAGUAACAAACGUGUGAAAAUUGGUAGUAGUAGUGAAAUGAAUAAUGAUGACCAAGCAUCACCCAAAAAGGAAUAUGAUGCUAAAAAAAAGACUUCUGUUGAAAAAGAUGUUAUCAUGAAUGCAAAGAAAAGAGGUCGUAAAACCAAAGGGCGAAGCAUCAUGCUUGAUGACACUUCUAAAAAAAAGUCAAGUAAGUUUUUUACAGACAUUUAAAUUUUGAAAUUCCCCCCAAAGUUUUAUGUGUAUAUCUAUUUUAAAUUAUCAUAAACUUUAUUUCAUUUGGGCAAAUGUUUCAUGAACUCAGAUCAGUGCCAGCUUCACUUCAAAGUUUGCAGAAAAUUUGAUAAUUAAAUGAAGACAAGACUUUAAAUUUUUAGUACAGCAAAAGAAGACAACACAUUCAAUUUUAAGUAAUGCUGAUUUCUCAUUUAUCUAAUAGAUAUCUUAUUGCCAACCUUGACUCUUUUUCUAGUACCGUUAUCAUCCAUUAUGCUCUUAGAUAGGUGUAAGUUAGGAGCUGUUUUGUCUGGAGUCCCUACAUAUUUUCAUGUGAAGAGUUUUGUAAAAGUGUGAAACCUGCUAUAUGUUUUGACAUUACCAUUGUAAAACAAAAGUUUUUAAUAUUUGUAGCUUAUAUAUAAUUUUUUUAUUUAAAUUUUGCUAAGUUUUCUUUUUAAAUUUUUUAAGAAUAAAAACAUAGUGGCUCUGAGCCAUAUAAUAGUAUGCAGCAAAGAGGAUUUCAGAGCUGAUGAGUAUUAGCAGUCAUGAAAGCAUCAACAGCCUUCUUGUAAAAUCAUACAGCUCCUUAGAACUUUACUUCUCCUUAGUAUUUGUGUACAGCUUCUUAGAACUUUGAGAGGAAUAAGGACAAUUGAAAUCCAUUAAGUAGAUUAAAAUUCAAAUUUCUCUUGCAUAUAUGUACCUACACACGCAUUCUUCAUAAUGCAAAGCCUCUCUAACUUUGCACUGUUAUUUAAAGAAGUAUGGAGGUCCUGUAGUAUUAUUUUUAUUAUGCUUUGUCAAUUGUGUUGUUAUUUGCUAUUUUCUAGUUUAUUAUUAUGUAUUAUAAUUUUAAUUGAUUAAUUCUUAACCCAGCAAGGUGAAAUGUUAAAUGUGUGCUCAUCAAUUCAGCAGAUGGUCUGGAAUAACUCAGUUAUAAUCAUUUAUCUAAUUUAAAUAAGCUUUUAUAAGGUAAUCUUUUUUUCUCUACUCGAAUAUUUCUUAGUAAAGAAAUGUAUAAUAGAUCUGAGUCAUAGUCUUAUGACCAUUAAGUGUUAAGAAAAUGAACACACAGAGUAAUCUGUAUACCAGUCCUUUUAAACUUAUUAUGAAACUUCUAAAUCAUAUUACUUUUAGUGUAAUGUCUCUUUAAAAGUGCAAUAUCAGGCUGUCAUGGAAGCAUAGUACAUACAACAUUUAAUCUCGGAGGAAACCACAGGUUUCUGUUAUUCAGAAUAAGUAUAAAUGAGGUUCUCAAAAUGAUAUGGGCUUUGAAACUAAAAAAUUAAUUCUUACUUUCAACCAAUUAGAAUUAUUAUUAACAUUAGAGUAGUUAUUAGGUUUAUGUAGAUAUUUCUUACUUUUAAAGAGUAAAUUGCAAGUCAGAACAAUAAUGAUGAACAAUGAGUAAAGCCAGAUAUAUGAUUUUAUAUGCUCCCUUAUCACUGGUGUCUGUGAAAGGUGUGUAAAUAAGAUAGGUGAUUAUCAUAGGUUUUUUUUUUUUUUUUAAAUUUUUUUUAGAAAAUUUAAUCAUGCAAUGGUUCAUCCAGACACACUUGUUGACCUUAAACAUCUGGUUAGCUCAAGUGCUAGAACUAAAGACCUCUGGUUUUCACUACAAAAUAUGUUCGUCUUCCCUCCCAUGAAAGCAGCUUUUUGUGUGGUGUUUGCAACUCAGCGAUGCAAAAGACUUAACUGUUUGACUGCUAAGCAAUUCUUGCAAAGAACACACGACGAAAACUGCGGGGCAUAUUUUGACUUGAUGUUGUCUAUUGACUUAUAUUUUAUUAUAAUUAUAUUUUGACAUGAUGACGGAGCAACAAAGACACACUGAAACUCACAGCGCUUCGAGACAAAUGAACGCAGCUCUGUUGCGCCGCGUAGUAGUCAAACAGUUAAGCACAGAAGCUUUUUCCAUUGAGGGAGCUCAGUUCAGCAUCAGAACUCUGUUGAAUGUUUCUUUGUUCCUUCGAGAUCAGCAUCAUGUGUAUAUAGGAUUAAAGAAAGACAGUUUUUUAUAGCCUUCCAUUCUGCUUAUGUGAAUCAGUAUGUGUUUUUAUUUGCAAGGUGUAUUUUUUUCUUUUGCCUGUUAAAAUUCAGAGGUUUAAAUUGUUAUGAGUAUUUAAUGAACUGUUAUGAAUUUGACAAUUACAGGCUUUCAAUUGGGAAAUAAUUUUAAAAAGUACUAUUUUGAGAAAGUUUAUUUUUCCAUUAUAAUUGAAACUAUAUAUUAUUAUGUAUUUGCAAGUUUGCAGUUAUUAACAGUGUUAUAGAACUUUGUAUCCAGGGUAUUUCUGUAAUGUUUCAAAAUGCUAUUUGCACAGUACUGCAUGAAUGAAAAUAUACAGGUUCUUUCAAAAUAUCGGCUGUUCCAUUGUUUUCAGUUAAGAAUGUCACUGUAAUUUUACUGAAAUAAAUUAAACUAAUGUGGAAAUAUAUUUUUGUACUGAAAGUUAUGUUUUCAUAAUAAAAUGAGCAUGUAGCUUUAAACUACUUGAUUCCUUCUCAUGUUUCUCAAAAAAUGUUAAAAUAUUUUGAAAGAAUUUGCAUAGAAAGUUGAGUAAAACUGAAAAAUCAAACACCCAAUGUUGUUUAAAAAGCAGGAGAAGCUAAAUAUUAUGCAUUACAUUUAGAAAAAAAUCAAUUGUGUAUUUGUGUUUAAUUAUGCUGUAUGUUUCCAAAAUUUGUGCAUCUUCAUGUUGCAUAGUAAAAUUGAAAUCAUAAAUCAAAUUGCAAAUCAUAAAGGAAAAGUAAUAACCUUCUGCUGAAACUAAUGGAAACUUUUUACUGGUUUUCUUAAAUGUUUUCGUUAAUAUGUUAAGUGCAACAAUUCUUUCUUUGUAAUGGUAUCUGAUUUUUUUUAUAGUGUAAAUAAAGUACAUUCAGUAGA